CAGGAGAGUGUUCCGAGUAAUUAUUUUGAUAAUAAAUAAAAAAUCCCGACCGUAACUUUUCGCCAUUGUUGCAGGUUGCAGCCCAGUUUAGAUAUCGAUAAGCAUGUAUUUCCGCCGUUGUUUCAUCGUAUUGGGAAUGGUAGUUCGUUUACUGGAUGGGAAUGAGAUCACAAUGGAAUCUGAAGCUGAACCGUCUAGUCCAGUAGAUUCUGAAGUAACCAAAGCCUCCGAGAAAGCUUGGACGUCGGCGCCGCCUACGACAUUGUUGAGGAGGAUAGACGUAAGAAGAGAAGACUAUAAUGUCGAACAUACUACGGAUAUAUUUCGAAAAAGUGCACGGAGGUCCUUUAACCAGGUCAAACUAGGUAAUAUAUUCGAAAAAUUUUGGAAAUGGGACUAUUGGUGCAUGCUGCAGCCGGAAACUGGCGACUGUGGAAAUAAAAGAACUAAAUACUAUUACAACGCGCAGCUAGAUGACUGUUUACCGCACGAGUUCACCGGUUGCAAGUCAAUGGACAACAAGAACCAAUUCGAGUCCAUCGAAGAAUGCAAGAACUAUUGCAAAGGUUCUGCACUAAUGCCGCCGAACUUCCCGGCUCAGGCAGACACUUGUAAGCUUCAGCCCCUAUCUGGCCGAUGUCUCGGUCAUUUCACAAUGUUCCAUUACGACAUAAACGAUAAGGGAUGCAAAUCCUUCGUGUAUGGGGGUUGUGCCGGGAACGCGAACAAGUUCGAGUCAGAACAGCUCUGUCAAGAGAAAUGUGGAGCUCCAAAAGUUGUACAGCCACAGGUCGAGGAGAAACCUAAGUUGAACGAGACCUCGGUCAGAAUGACGCGUCACCCGUACUAACUUCUCGGAUUCUGUGGUAAUACGGUAUCAUCGUAACUAUUUAUUUUUAACACUUGUAAUUCCUGUGUAUUAUUUUUUAUAUAAAUUGAAAAUAAGUACGUUCAAUCGCCGUC